GCACAUAUGAAUAUUCACGUUUUCAAUCAUUCUCCUGAAAAGUCACCUAUUAGAGUAGACCCUCGUAUGUCUGCUUGUUUUAAAGUGGACAAUGUUUGCCAACCAGGCAAUACUUUAUUGUGGGAUUUACUCCAGGAUGAUAAAAUUUGUCAGCUGGGAGAAGGACUAGCAUUAGAAGCUGAGAAGACGUUGUGCAAUUUAAUCUGUUACACACCUGACAAAGAAAUACGCAUGAAAUUCAUUGAGGGUUGUCUAAAUAAUCUAGCAAACAACGUGUCCGUUGUUGUAUCCCUUCGGAUGCUUCCGAAAUUAUUGACUUCUUUUCGCGGCCUAGAUAUGCACCACGUUACUCAUUGGGCCGAUCGACAACAUCACAUGAUGACGCAUUUUUUCAAUAAUUUGAAAGUCUACACAGCAAAUCCAAAUAAGUCAUUGCCAAUGUACACCCAUCAAAUGCAAGUACAAGUUCGGCUACAUUUUUUAUCUGCUGUUUUUUCGCCAGUGGUAUCACCAACUAAUUUCAA